ACGCGACCUUCCAGUUCUUGGGGCCAAGUGAGGGGUUUGGGGGAGGAGGGUUCCGGAGCGCAGGCCUAGGGCCCCGGCAGACGCAGCCCGGGAGCGCCCACGACAGAAAGCCGGCGGCUCCCUCACCUCCACCUGUAAUGCAGGAGGGAGCAUUGGCCAGUUCUCCUGUAAGCCCAAUGGCAGCCAUGCCGCCCCCAGGAACCCAGGUCCAGGCCCGAUGUGAAGCUCGAGUGAACCUGCUGGGUGAGGGGGGGAUCUGCAAGCUGCCAGGGAGACUCCGCAUCCAGCCCGCGCUCUGGAGCAGAGAGGACGUGCUGCACUGGCUGCGCUGGGCGGAGCGGGAGUACUGUCUGCGGCGCACCCGGGAGCACGGGUUCGAGAUGAACGGCCGCGCCCUGUGCAUCCUCACCAAGGACGACUUCCGGCACCGCGCGCCCGGCUCAGGUGACGUCCUGUAUGAGCUGCUCCAGUACAUCAAGACCCAACGGCGAGCCCUGGUAUGUGGGCCCUUUUUUGGAGGGGGCUUCAAGCAGAAGAUGCCCACCCAGCACUCUCCCAGCCCCCUGGAAGAGGGGACUGGGCCCUCUCAGACAGCCUCCCAAAGGGGCCUUCUGUAGCAGCCACCAGACCCAGGGCUUGCCAGCUCCUUCAGCCACCUGGAUGCCCCCAGCCUGGCCAGGUGGCCCCUUGGCAGGGAAGAGUCCUUCACCUUAUCUCACUGUGCAGAGCUUGGCGGCAGGACCAAGGGGGUCUGCUCCUUCUCCGUGGUGCCACAGGCCCCCAUCGACGGCAGGAUUGCUGACUGCCGGCUGCUGUGGGAUUAUGUGUACCAGCUGCUCCUUGACAGCAGGUACAAGCCCUACAUCAGGUGGGAAGACAAGGACGCCAAGAUCUUUCGAGUUGUGGAUCCAAAUGGUCUCGCCAGACUCUGGGGAAAUCACAAGAACCGGGUGAACAUGACCUAUGAGAAGAUGUCCCGUGCUCUGCGCCGCUAUUAUAAGCUCAACAUCAUUAAGAAGGAACCAGGACAGAAGCUCCUAUUCAGAUUUCUAAAGACUCCAGGAAAGAUGGUCCAGGACAAGGACAGCCGCCUGGAGCAGCUCGAGAGCCAGGAGCAGGACAGAAUGGAUUUCAAUGACAAGAUGCUUGAAGUGUCUCCAUGA